GCCCGGAGCCAGAGGCCGCCAUUCAGCUCCGGAGCGGGGGCUGCCCCACGCGGUGCCUGCGUUGCCAUGGAGCCUCCCCGGCCCUGCCCGCUGAUGGAGGACAGCUUCACCCGCUUCUCCUCCCAGAGCAACGUCUACGGCCUGGCCGCCUUGCCCGGGGCCGCCCGGGGCGGGGGCGGGCGAGGAGAGCUCCUGGCGGCCACCCUGAAGGGGAAGGUCGUCCAUUUCCGCUACCAGGACCUGCGGCAGAAGCUGCGCCCGGUGGCCCGCGAGGUGCAGUUCACCUACAUCCCCGUUGAUGCAGAAAUUGUCUCUAUUGAUACUUUCAACAAAUCGCCCCCGAAAAGAGGAUUAGUGGUGGGGAUUACAUUCAUUAAGGAUUCUGGAGACAAAGCCAGCCCUUUCCUUAACAUCUAUUGUGACUAUGAGCCAGGCUCAGAAUAUAACCUGGAUUCAAUUGCGCAAAGCUGCUUGAACCUGGAGUUGCAGUUUACCCCUUUCCAGCUCUAUCAUGCAGAAGUCCAGGUUGGGGACCAGCCAGAAACAGUCUUCCUUCUGAGUGGUAAUGACCCAGCUAUUCACCUUUAUAAAGAGAAUGAAGAGCUGCAUCAGUUUGAGGAGCAGCCCGUGGAGGACCUCUUUCCUGAGCUCAAGGAGCUUCCAAGCAACGUCUUGUGGCUAGAUGUCUACAACAUUCCGAACUCAGGCCGGCGCAUCACCGCCUUUGGCUGCCAGAGCGGCUACAUCCGCGUCGCCCACGUUGAGCCGGCCAGCCGCGUGGUGCUGCAGAGCUGGAGCAUCCAACAAGACGGUCCCAUCUCCAAAGCCCUGGUGUUUGCCCUGCCUGGCGAUGACAGCCUCCCUUUGGAUGAUGGUAGUCCUCGCAACCAGAUCUACAACGUCCUAGUCACCAGUACGAUUGAACUGUCGGUUGUCUACAGAAACGUGCUGCAGAACGGCCUCGAGGACCAGUUGAUCCUGCCCCUGAGCGACCAGUACGACAGCGUGCUGUGCGCCCUGGUCACCGACGUCAAUUUUGAUCAUGAGCCCGAGAUCCUGCUUGGAACCUAUGGACAGGAACUUCUGUGCUACAAGUACCGAGCCCCGAAGGCUCACGUUGCAGGAGCAGUGGAACAUCAUCCCUUUGGCCAGCCUGAGGGGGAGUUUUACAUCCUCUGGCAGCGCACCUUCUCCAGCCCCCUCCUCUCCAUGGAGUACGUGGACCUGACCUGUGACGGGCUCUGUGAACUGGCCGUGGUGUGCCUGAAGGGGCUGCACAUUCUUCAGCAUAGUCUCACACAGGCAGCCCAGUGCCUCUUGGAGAGGCUUCGGCUGAAAGUGGCUGAACAGGGGUUGUUGAUCCAUAACACUGGACAGCUUCAGGGGACCAAGACCGUAGAAGCUGAUGGAAGAGAACCAAGGGAUUGAAGAGAUGGCUGUAAGGAAGGAUGAGUUGAACCCAGACCAUGGCACCAUUCCAAAGGAUUUUUCCAGUUCUGCCACAGAGGGAAUAUGGACCAAAUUGGUCGAAGUUAGAAGACAGGAUGCACUGGAUAAUCACAAGGGGCCCUACUGUUCCUAUCUGCCUUUCAGGGUAGCUUGCAGUCCCUGAACGGAAAGAGUUGCUUCUCAGACAUGAGAAGUGAGCCUCUGUCCUGUGGUACCCUUCCAGUGGUUUGUCUCUAUUCUGCAGGAACUGCCCUGAGACCAGCUUAGCCAAGAACUCUGUAAAUAAACUUUGUAUAACGAG